AUGGCGUCACAAAUUCUACACAAACUAUUGAACGAAAUCGUUAAGGAGAACAAAUAUGAGAAUCCUAGUGUUGCUGUCAAUCUAGUUUACUAUGAAGGUAUCAGUUACACUUCAUAUGUGCCGUAUACAGUCACUAUAACUGAAGUUGGAAAAGAAGAUCUUCAUAUGUUUGCAAGAGUCGCCAUCAAGAAAGAUGCCAAACAAACAGCUAUGUUCGACCUAGAGCAUUCAAUGCACAUGGAAUUACACAAGACAUAUGAAGACAUACAAAAUGCAUGCGAUAUACCACCUGAAAAGAAAUUAGUUAUGCCCAAAUUGUAUGGAUACAACCCAAAAGAACUGGAAGAAACAAUAGUGGUUGAAGAUUUACAACCAAAAGGUUUUAUUCCAUUUAACAGACUAAAGUGUAUAGAUUGGAAAUACGCUGCCAAAUCUGUGGAAUCUCUAGCUAAGAUACAUGCGUUGUCUAUGGCAUACAGAGACAAUAACCCGGUUGAGUUUAAUGAGUUUGUAAAGAAAGCGAAUGCACAAGAAGAUAUAUAUUCUGGAGUUGCAGAUACUGCUUAUAAACAGCGUGUUGAGGCUACUCUUGCCGUAAUAUCGGACCAAAAUAAAAAUAAAUUGAAAGUUUAUCUGAAUAAAGUGAGUGCAGUGUCUUUGUAUGAUAUUCAGAAGUCAUAUCAACGUCCAGUUCUGUGCCACGGAGACUAUAGACCAAGUAAUAUAUUACAUAAAGUUCAUAAGAACGGUAGUCUCGAGGUGGUGCCCACAUCGUUCCACUCAAUCCAGAGUGGCUCCCCGUUGUCCGAUCUUCUGUACUUCAUCUUCACGGGAUCUGAUGAGCAGUUUCGACGCAGACACUUCCAAGCACUGAUGGAUCACUAUUACAAGGAAUUAAGCAAUAUAUUGCGGUCAUUGAAACUCAAUCCAGAUUAUAUAUACUCAAAAACAAACUUCGAGCAUGAUUUGAAACAGUAUUUACCAUACGGACUCAUAAUGGCGAUUUUAUUCCUGCCAAUUGUGAGUGAACAAGAUGAGAAAGCACCAACGGUGCAGCGCGGCCACCGUGGUAUCGAACCUGUUACACAAACGAAAACUGGACCGUGGUUUAAAGAGAGGAUUAACGGAAUCAUCAAUGAUUAUUUAAGAUGGGGCCUCAUCUAA